GGCCUAAUUAAAAGUGCAGAACCCCAGUUGAAAAGUGUGAGAAAAUAAUUAGAAAAGCGGUUGCAAAUCACUGCAAACAAAGGCCAGUUGCUGAUGCAUGAAUUUAGCUGAAUAACAAAAAGAAUUGGCAGCAUACGUGCCCGGAUGCCGCGUGUGUUUGCUGGUGUUUACCUUGGACUAGAAUAACUCGCAACAAAAAUAAAACCAACCUCCGCAUCCAUCUACUUGGCUACAGUGUGGUUCGCUCUGGUUUCAUCCUGCUCGUCCUCGUCCUCGCCCUCAGCCGCAGUCUUGCUUUUUUUCUACCAUCUUUUUGUGAAUCCUUGGGCGCAGCGCAGCAGUUUCUAGUCGGUGGCCUACGCUGAAGAAAAUGUUUCAAUAGAGAUGGCAAAACUUUCACGACGUGCCUCGUCGUCUGCAGCAACGCCAACAACAGGAAAAACAGCCACAGACAGCGCCGCAACAGCAACAGCAACAACAACAGUUACUCAUCAUCCUGCUAAUCAUGCCACAGGCUUGCCACAACGCAUCAGCCGCCGUGCCACAAGCAGCAACCAAAGCAGGCCCCAGGCGGCGGCACUCAUUGACACGAGCGGCGAUGUUCUCCUACAGGAGACUGCAGCGCCUCCACCACCGACACCGGCGGCGCACACCAACAGCCACAGCCACAGCAACAGCAACAGCCACAACAACAACAGCAACACUGCCACACGAAAUGAGAGCAACGCGACAGCAGCACCCGCCCACAACACGGCCACGCCCUACAUGCCACUGCUGCCGCCGGGCGAACGAAAUCUGACGGAUGCGGAGAAUGCCGCGGAGCGCGCCAGGAUCCGUGAGGAAUUCUUUGCCACCUACGACGUGAUGACGGGCGUGAGGAUCGCCGCCACGCUGGGCGGUUUCUUCGGGCUGAUGGUCUUCCUCAUCGUGUGGAAGAGUCGCAGCAGCAGCAACGAGACGCUGAAGGUGCUGAAAGACCCGAAGAUGGCGGCCGUGGCCUCGCUGUGCAUGCAGGAGGAGGAGGAGCGCGAGAUCCAGGAGGCCAUAGUGGCCACGGGCAUGUCCAUCUACCCGGAUGAGUACGAUGCCAUGGUGUAUCGACGCCAGAGGAUGCUUUCCCUAGGCAAUGUGAGUGCGCCACCGCUGCUGAAUCGUGGCUAUCGUUGUGGUUCCGUGGGUGGUGUGGGUGCUGGUGUGCCCGUGGGCUAUAGCUAUCUGCUGGAGCCACCGCGACGCUUCUCCUACUCGGCCAUGUCCGCGGGCGGUGGUCCACCGGGGCCCAUAGGACGCCGCAAGAGCGGCUCGGAAUCAUCGCGCAUAUUCAGCAAUUACCCGAUGGGCGGCAGCUUUGGCACCGACGAUUACUUUGUGGAGACGGAGGAUGAGCUGGAGCAUGAGGAGUACAUGGAGCACCCGCAGGAUCACCAACAUCUUCAUCAGCGCACGGACUCGACGCGCAGCAAGCAGGGAUUUCUGUCUGUGCCACUGGCGGGUCACGAUUCACGUCGCAGCAGUGCCAUGACCUGCUGCAGCACGGACAGCUCCUAUCUGGAGCGUCGCACCUCCGCCUAUACGCUGGGCAUGAGCAACCUCCCGCCCACGCUGCAGCGCAAACUAUCGACUGCCUCGCGCACAUCGAGCAUUGAGAAUUGGGACUACUACUAUCCGGACAUCCAAGUCAUACAGCCCACGCCCAAGGCCUCGCCGUGUCCCUCGGAGCGCAGCAUACACGAGGCCAGCUCCUGCCUGAGUGCGCCCAGCAUCAAGCGGAAGCACAGCAUUGUCUCCUACGAUCCGGACAGCGCGCAGGCUGGACGCAAGCAGCAAAUACACUCCAUCAGUGCGGACACCGUGGACGUUUAUCCCUACAACCAAGCGGCCCUGGCGGACACUGUGGAUUUGGGACUGGCGCUGCCCAAGCCCAUACAAUCGGCGCCGCCUGCGAGCGCACAGCAGGCGUUCCAUUUCUGUGACUCGCCGUCGGAGGAGCUGCGGCUGGGUGUGCGCCGCAAGCUGACACUCGUGGAGCUGCAGCGGAAUGAGAGCAACAACAACAGCUUCCCGUACACGGCCAAUGCAGCGGCACCAGUCACGGGUGGAGGCACGACCGCUGCCACCUCCAGCAGCAUCAGCGUGGACAGCACACCCGUCAGCUUGGAUCGCUUGAAUGGCAGCCUCAGUCUGGGCACCAUUUCGGUCUCUGCGAAGUUGCCGCCGAAUGCGGCCAAUGGAAAUCCCGAGAAGCGUGCGCCACUCGCCUCACUAAGUUCCUUCAAGAUCUCCUCGCUGGAGUGCCCCGACUCGAAGUUGCGCUCCCUCGAGGAGGACUCUGUCUUCGGGCUGGAGAGUCCCGCAGACACCGACGACGAUAUGCAGCAGCUGAGCAGCGACAGCGAGGAGCAGGCCGUGGCCAUGGCAGUCAUUGAGGCAGCAGCGGAACAGGGACACGGACAGGGGCAAGGCACAUCCGUGCAGGGCAGUGCCGAGCUGAAGGCAAAUCCCCUGCCGCAGGUGAAGCGCUUGAGUCAGGCGCAACGUCGACCGUUGCUGCAGCGACAUAGAAGCAUCAGCGCUGCUGCCAGCGAUCGUGUGUCGCUGAUUGGACCGCAAACCGGUCACGUAUUGCCGCUGCAACAGUUCCAGGGCACAGCACUGCCCUCGACGGCUGAGGCAGCGCCACUGGAGACGCACUUUGGGGCCAUUGUGAGUCACAGUCCACCGCGGCGUGGGCCGCUGCUGCAGCAGUACAGCGAUCCGCAGAGUUUGCCCACAACGACGACAACAACGACAACGACGACCACAGAGGAUGACACGUGCUCCACACUCAACACGGAGCUGGGGCUCCUAGAUGCUGUGGUAGUAGCUGGCAACGGUGGCGGAGAGUCCAACACGCACACGCAGUACAGCAGCAUGAACACGGUGAUCAGUGUGGGUCGCUCCACGCCGAGUCCCAGUCACGCCAGCGCUGCGACAAGUCCUCGCUUGGACAAUAACUAUGCGUGCAGCCAGUCCCCCUCUGAGGCUCAGGCACAGCAGCCAGCUCAACUGCCACAGAACUGUAGAUUGGUGCACGAACCCGAUGCCUGCCCCUCCUCCAAGUCCGACUCGCUGAUAGCCACAAGACCGCAAAGCAUUUGUGUGCCCUCCUCGCUCAAGGAUCUAAUAUUACGAAAGGGAAGUGUCGCUGGCAUCAGCAAAAGUGCCACAAACCUAAGUCUGCCCAGCAAUGAGGUGGCAGCAGCAGGAGCAACUUCCACAACGACUGCAACUGCGACGACCGCCGUCAUGCUAGAGCUUCCCCUCAUCAGGCUGCCAAACGACGACGACGAAGACGAGGAUGAUGACAACAUGGAGACUGUGGCCUCAACUGGCGAUGAUAAGCGCGAUCCCAGCCUGCCCGGCACUUCCAGAAAGUGGUCCAAGGAGACACUCUUCUAGCCCAGUUGGUAUCCGCUGCUGUUACGCAUGCAGUUCCGUGCACCGGGACAGUAUUUAAGAGCUUAGCAAAGUGACGUUUAUGUAUGCAAGGGUGUGCAGUGAAAGCUACUCCUGAGCGGGGCAGGACGAGCACUCUAGAGAUUGAGACUUCUACUUACAUAUUCUUCCACCAUUCUUACACUUUUGUUGCCAUAUAUUAGCACAAGUUCGUAUCGAUUGAGGUUAUUAUUUCUGAUUUACUUUCGGGAUUUGUGCUCAAAGAACUGGCUUUACUUUCUGAUCAAUCAUUUCCUCAGUUCCACAACAUUUCUUUGAAAAUUGAUUAAAAGAAGAGCAAGUAUUCCAGAGAUUUAUUCUACAUACUUAUACUUCCAUUAUACUGAUCUUUAAUUCAUCAAGAAUCGAAUGCCUAACUAGCAAUCCAAUUAAAUAUCAAUUAAAUUUCUAUGAAAAAGUAGCAAAAGAAUAACCACUGACCCACAGGUUUAUUCUGCUAACAUUUAUGCUAAACUUUCCUAAGUUUCUCAUCUUUAAAUCUCUUCAAAGUUUCUCUACCUAAUCCCUUCUUCUCUGUACACAUAUUUGGCAUUUACACCCAUUCAAAUUCUUUCCUAUUCUUCCUCGAGCCUUUGUCCUGUUCUCUGCUGUUUCGGGUUAAGUUUUCACUGUCGCCUGUUCUGGCAGCCAAUUUCCUGGGCCAGACAGCCAUGAGGCGCGUGACGUGUACGAGUACGAUUAUAUUGAAGUGUAUUUAGGCAUAAAUAUUAAGAGUUGUUGGCAGGAGAUUAGGUUUAAGCGCAUUUAGUCACAGCUAGACAGUAAGUUAGUCUUUUGGGACAAAAGUUACUCCCGAACAGCGAACAACAAAAAUGUAUUCGUACUUAGAGACUGUUGUCUAUUAUUGUUAAAUAGGAAUGUGUAAUCGGACUUAUUUUCACACACACCAACUAUAGACACAGGACAAACGAAAGAGAUUCAAGUUUAUACAAAGAUAUUUCUAUACACACUCCAAUCUCUAACUCCAACUCUGUGUCUAUUUCUAUGCCUCAAAAUGGAAUGAAAACUCUUCUCUAGUGUCUUAAACAGCAGCCAAAUACUUCAAGUAUUGAACAGUAAAUUAGUAUAAACAAAUAGAAUGCACGACAAGCAAAACAUUUCAAUUGAUCUGAAGCCUAAACGGAACUCUCACGUCUUUCCACAUUUCCUUCCCUGUCUGUCCCUGUCUGUCCCUGCCCCUGGCCUAUUCGAACACAAAAUUGUUGUUGGUAUUAUAAUAGAGUUGUUGUCAAGAAUGUAGUGUUACAGAAAAAAAUGAAUAUACAUAUAGAUACAUAUAUAAAUAAACAAUUUCCUAACUCAUCCCACCUACGACGCAUCUCUAUUUUUCUAUGAAAUUGCAUUUGCUCCGAGAAAGUAAGAGAAAAGGAAACAAAAGUGGCAGCAAAAAUGGAAUGUCAAAUCAAAAUACACAGUUGAACAAUUUAUUGUAUAAUAGAACUGAAAUGUUAUCAAAAAAAAAAAAAAAACAGAAAACAAAAACC